AUGGGCGAAAAUCUUCCAGUUAGCCCUCUGGUGCUCGAGAGUGUUCCAUCUUGUUUGUAUUGUAAUGCGAAGAAAUUCAUGUAUGAAACUCCGGGUUUCUGUUGUUGUAGUGGGCAGGUUGUGAUUGCAGCUAAUCAAUUUCCUGAUGAGUUAUGCCGGUUGUAUUUAUCAGAGGAGGAAGAUGCUAAACAUUUCAAACAAUACAGUCGAAUGUAUAACAAUCUGUUUGCUUAUAGUUCUAUUCGCGGCAAAACGGAGUCGACAACGUAUAAGGGGAUAUAUGUGUUUAAAAUGCAUGGCCAGGUAUAUCAUUCUGUUCCGGAUCUUCUGCCUGAUGAUGGUAGUCCUAAAUUUUUGCAGCUCUAUUUUUAUGAUGGCCAGCACGAAGUUCAGAAUAGAGUAAAUUGUUUUCCUGAAGUACGGGAGGAUAUUAUUCGUCUGUUAAUGAAGAUUACUGAACUGAAUCCAUAUGCAAGAUUUUUCAGAUCGUUGAGGGAGAUAGAGAUAGAUGAAAACACGCAAGUAGUAUUAUCUCAGAAUACUGUUUUGGACCAACGUGUUUAUAACGUGCCUGUUUCUGAUGAAGUUGCCGUAGUAUGGCCAGAUGCUGGGCCUUCAAGUCAAAUAACCACUCCACAUAUUAUUGUGCACGAAAAGUCUGCCCAAACUCUUCGAAUUUGUCAUUAUUAUGGGUGUUAUGAUCCAUUACAAUACCCGUUGUUGUUUCCUUUUGGUGAAUGUGGAUGGACUCAGAAUCUUCAGAAGCGAAAUGUUGGUGGGAAAAAUCGUAUCAAGCUGGUUCCAGAUCCUAUUAAUUCCUGUGCAGUUCAUACUGUGCAAAAUUUUUUAGAUGAAGAAGAAUCACGGACCGUUAAACAUAGGACAAGAGCUGAUAGGUAUAUUUCUCCGAGAGAAUAUUAUGCUUACAAAUUUCAAAUUAGGCUUACAAAUAUGCUCCUUAGAAGUGGAAGAAGUUUUCAACAAUUUGUUGUGGACAUGUAUGUGAAGAUUGAGAAUUCAAGGCUUGAUUAUUUGCGGAACAAUCAAGACAUCAUUAGGGCUGAUCUUUACCAGGGUAUUCUUGAUAGUCUGACAGAUGGGGAGACAGAUGCUUCGAAGAUUGGACAUCUUGUUGUUUUACCUCCGUCGUUCAUUGGGUGUCCAAGAGAUCUAAAACGUCGGUAUUUAAAUGCAAUGGCAUUAGUUCAGAGAUAUGGGAAACUGGAUUUGUUUAAAACUGUGACAUGUAACGCAAAUUGGCCCGAGAUAAAGUGUGAAUUACAACCUGGAGAAAAGGCUCAGGAUAGGCCAGACAUUGUGACCCGUAUCUUUCGUGCAAAAUUGUUGACGUUGAAAAAACAAAUUAAAAAAGAAAGAAUAUUUGGGGAAGUGGUAGCUAUGAUUUAUGUCGUUGAAUUUCAGAAAAGGGGAUUACCACAUGCGCAUUUGUUAAUAAUACUGAAACAUGAUUUCAAGAUAAGAGGGCCAUCGAAGUAUGAUAAGUUUGUUUGUGCUGAAAUUCCAUCGUCCGAUAAUCCUCGUCUUCGUAAAGUUGUUUUGACUCAUAUGAUGCAUGGGCCUUGCGGGAGGCUAAAUCCUAAGUGUCCUUGUAUGAAAAUGGAUGGGAAAAAAAUGGUCUGCAAAAGUGGAUAUCCAAAAGAUUACAAUUCAGAAACGGCAAAUAACAAAGAUGGGUAUCCUGUAUAUAGGAGAAGACAAACGGGUGACAAAGUAAAGGUUCGAAGGGCUAAGUUAGAUAAUCGAUGGGUUUCUCCGUGUGAAGGAAUAUGGCGAAUAUUUGGUUUUGAUUUGUAUGAAAUUUUUCCUCCUGUUAUGCCAUUACUAGUGCAUCUUCCAAACAUGCAAUCUAUUACUGUGAGACCGUAUGAAAAUCUUACACGAGUUGUUAGAGAUCCUAGGUGCGCACGUACACCUUUGACAUAA